GAAAAUGAAUUGGGAAAAGUUCCGAGAAACCGGGAGCGGAAGCACAGACACGACGAUGCCGUGUCCUCCGGUCUCGUCCGAGGCGACGUCGGUAUCGAAAGAAAUCGAUCCAAAUCACGUAUUGAUGGUUGCUGAUUUCUUCAAAGCUAUCGCCCCUGACUCAUCUGUCAACGAUUUCACCUCAUUCGACUCUUUCUCCGUCUUAUUUCAAAGCAAUACACGAGCUCUCUCCAUCUCACGCGGCCGUGUCUCUUGCUCCCUCGUCGUCACGCCAGCAUUAUCCAAUUUCUUUAAUGGGUUACAUGGAGGAGCAGUCGCAUCAAUUGCAGAGAGAGUAGCUAUGGCUUGUGUGAAAACUGUUGUGUCUGAAGACAAACAUCUCUUCCUUGGUGAAUUGAGUAUGUCUUAUCUCUCUUCUGCCCCUAUCUCGAGUGAAUUGGUGGUGGAGGCAUCGGUGGUGAGGACUGGGAGGAAUCUGUCAGUGGUGACUGUGGAGUUCAAGAUCAAGGAGACCAUGAAAGUCACUUACCUGUCUCGUGCUACUUUUUACCAUUCUCUCAUCUCCAAGCUUUAAAGCUUUUUGAAUUGCUCAGAGAUCUUCUUAUAAGCUCUAUGUUGAUUCUUUACGUUCUCUGCUCAAUAAAACAAGAUUAUGUAUACAGAUUAGCCUUGAGAUAUCUAAUAAGCAUCAGUACUUUUCAUA